AUGGCCAGCUUCAACUUCGGCCUGCUCGAGCUCGCGGACGGCGAGUCCGGGGAGGCCGCCGUGUCCGUCGUCGUCGGCAAGGUCAAGGCCGAGGCCGAGGCCGCCCACGCCAAGAAGGCCGAGUCCGCCGCCACCGGGACCACCGAGAAGGAGAAGGCCGUGCACAAGAACCUCUACUACUUGAAGCUUCAGCACGACAAUGGUAUAAGAAAUAUUGAGCACGAGCUCAAGAGGUUGAGAGAUGUAUUGAUAAAACUGAGGGGGCAGGAAACAAAGCUGAAGGAGAAAGGAGAGAAUGGAGUCCAUCUCAUUCAGUUGUCGGAGGAGCAAAGGAAGCUGAGGCAGCAGCAGAAGAAGCUGAGGGAGGAGGAAGCAAGGUUGAGGCCACUGAGGAAAGAGUUUUAUUUGGAGCAUGGAUUUCCUCUAGUGGGUGGUGACGAAGAAGAGCCCCCUGUCCCCAAUCAGGUGGAAAGUGUUCAGGGCAACGACAAUGCCGGUGUUGACAAUUUCAAUGGCGGCUAUAACAGUGAUGGCUAUGGCAGUGUACCCAGCUAUCACGAUGGUGAGCCAGAUGUUCAUGCUGAUGGAGCAUGUGUGUACCAUGAGAGGCAGGUAGAGGAAGGCUAUGCCUACAACACUGAUGGUGGCAGGCAGGGAUAUCCUGAGGUCAGGAAGGUUCAGAAGUGGGUAGCUAAGCAGCCAUCCUCUGAUGCUGGUACAGAGGCUGAUCACAAACCUGAGGAGAAGGUCAGCUCUGAUGCUGGCUCGGAGGCUGAGCACAAGCCUGUAGAGAAUCCUCAGAAGGAGGCUGCCACUCCUGCUAAUGCGGAUGGCGCGCCUGCCUCUGGUUCAGAAAAGUCUUCUGCUGCAGGGGCUGCUGCAAGUAAGAACGGACAAGGUGGCCCUUCUGGAGACAAAAAAUUUCAAAAGAAGAAGCUCAAUGGCUCUGAGAAAAGGAAGAGGAAGAAUGCUAAGAACGGUGGCAAUGAAGUUGAUAAGGCAAAGAAGCAUGAUUCAUCCGAGGCUGAUGUUUCAAAGAAGACUGACAAGGAACCACUUGCAGACUAUCCUAGGGAGGAAGAGAAAAAGACCCUUGCUGAGUAUGAGAAGAUUCGUCAAGAGAAAAAGAAGUCCUCGGAGGAUGUCUCAAGAACCGAGCAGAGGAAGGUCUCUGCCGAUGGAUUCAAGGGCCUGCAGAUGUUGGAGAAGAAGAAGCUGGAUGAUGAAGAAGCUGUCAUCAAAGCAGAAAAGGUUCAGAACAAGGCUAAGGAGACUGGCAAGAAGGAAGAAAAGGCUCAGCCCGAGGCAAAGGACGCUGACGAUGCCAAGCCCAAGAAGGUCGUCAUCCCGUUGAAAGAUCUCUCCUUUGCGCCACCAAGGCGCAAUGUUAUCCUGGAAGACUCUUCCAAUGGUGGCGGUGCUCCUCAGGGCCGCAGCCGCGACAACAGCACCGACUCCCGCGUCCUUGCUGGUCGAGGUGGCGACAAUGGCCGGCCCGCCCAGGACGAGGCUGGCAACUACGGCAACGGUACUGCUCAGAGAGGCGGCUACUCUGGCGGCCGCGGCUACGGUGCUCCGAGGGGCGACUCUGGUGGCCGCGGCGACGGCGGCUACGGUUCUCCGAGGGGCGACUACUCUGGUGGCCGGGGCUACGGUGCUCCGCGAGGCGACUACUCUGGCGGCCGCGGCGACGGCUACAGCGGCCGGGGCUACGGCGGCUACCACAACCAGGGCGGCAACGGCGGCUACCAAGGCAAUGGCGGCUACCACAACCAGGGCGGCAACGAUGGUGGGUACCAGCGCUGCCCAGGCAAUGACAACUACUACCGGGCGCGGGGACGCGGCUACUCCGGCAACGGCCACAACCCUGCCCCGAAGCCCAUCGUCAUCGAAGACAUGAAUUUGUUCCCGCCGCUACCCGCCUCUGCUCCGUCCCGAUCUGCCGCACCGGCUGCAGCUCCGCGGCUGCCCCAGCUCCGUCCUCCGCUCCGGCCCCCCGCCCCGCUCAGUCCUAGUUCGUCUGAUUAG